AUGACUUCGAUGGAUUACGACUCUGCAGAGCCUUUAACAUCUACGGGAAGGCCACUGAGCUAUGCGACAAUAACUGUUCGUGUCAUCAAAUCAUUCCCAUACAGGAACGUGAAGAAUAUAAUAAUGAAAAACUAUGAUUUACAAAAGAAGAGUGCCAAGGAUUUACUAAAUGAUUGUGUGCAGGUGAUUCAAAAUGAUGGCUCUUACAGACCAUAUCGCAACGUUGAAUACGACUGCUUAAAGAUCUAUACACAUGCGCAUGGGUCAAAGACAGUUAAUCUGGUUAUAAAUUUUGAAAAAGACAAGGAGCAAAUUCUUGAUAUGCAGAAUGAAGAUAAAAAACUGUAUCAAUAUGGGAUUGAAAAUGAAACUGAAAUUUCGCUUUUCAAAUACAAUGACUAUUUGGAAUUUAAGUCAAAACCGGAAGAAAAAUGGCUAUAG